AGAUGCUGGCUCCCCCGCACUCCUUGCACUGAGAUCGCUGGCGCCCAUGGGUACAGAUGCUGGCUCCCCCGCACUCCUUGCACUUAUCUCGCAGGCGCUGAUGGAUGCAGAUGCUGGCUCCCCCGCACUCCUUGCAUCGAGAUCGCUGGCGCUGAUGGAUGCAGAUGCUGGCUCCCCCGCACUCCUUGCACUUAG